GUCUGCGUGCACCGUCAGAGAGAGAGAGAGAGAGAGAGACUCCCAUUCAUAAAAAAAAAAGAAAAAGUUCAUUCAUAAAAGCUGCACACUUGCUCUGCGCCUCAGAGAGAGGAGACUGAGGGGAGGAAAGUUGAUGUGUCGCUGAGGGUGGAGCUGGAAGCCGAUGGGUCACGGUGGUGGGACUGUACUCGGCGUGACCGGAGCGGAGCAGGCGGAACUUUAGGCUACAGCCGGACCUCUCCUGUCCCACGCUGUGUUCUCCCUCCCCCGUCCAGGUUCCUGAUUAUGAGAGAGCAAACCUCACCCAGGUUCAAAUCACAGACGGGACUCUUACCAGGCAUGUUGAAGCGCACCAAAUACAGUCGUCUGCGCAGCGAUUCGCUGACGCCCCUGGAGGAUCGGCCCCAGAGGGGGCUGCCCUCCAAGCGGGACCUUUGCCUCCACUCUGAUUUUGCCCAGGUGGACCCCCGGGUCGCGACCACACACCAGGGGCCGUCCACCCUGAGGGACUUCAUCCCCCGCGUGGCCAGCGUCCGAUGGCAAAGUCCAGUUCCCCCGAGGGGGCAGGCGAGCACGGACCGGGACGGGCCCGUUAACGGACACGCCGACGGACCCUUGUCCAGAGCGGGACGGGGCUCGGGGCCCGAGCAGAGGCUUUGUGGCCGUCCUGCCCUCGAUGGGGCCCCGUCCGAUGGGCAAAACCUAACUCACGCCGCUCUGCGCUGCACCAAGAGACCCAUCACCCUGCAUCGGGUGGCCGGCCUCCCCUGGACCAGCGACUGCGCCCCCUGCUCGCAGCACGGAGGCGGCCCUUUGAAGACCCCCUCGGCUGCAGAGGACGGCACGCCGGUGGGGACGGAAAGCAAAACGGUUCACCAUCACAUCAAGUACAUGGGUAGUGUGGAGGUGACCCAGUCCAUGAGGACCCUCGACUUUGAUAUGAGAAUGAAAGUCACACGAGAGGCAAUCAGUAGACUGUGUGAGAGGACAUCAGCAGUGAAAACUAGAAGGCCUGUGUGCAAAGCGCUGCCUGCCCUUCUGGGUCAAAUCAACCUUCAGUUUUCAGGGAGUAGAAUCGUCCUCACUGUCUCCACAGACAGCGUGUCAAUGAUCGCUGCCUCCUCCUUUCAGAAGAUUGCCCACCACCCCAUGCAGGCUGUUUCAUUUGCCUCAGGAGGAGAUCCAGACAUGGCUAAUUACAUUGCUUAUGUUGCCAAGGACCUCGUCAACCAGAGAGCAUGUCACAUCCUGGAGUGCCCGAGGGGUCGUGCCAGCGAGGUGAUCAACAGCAUCGGUCAGGCCUUCGAGGAUCGCUUCCGACGACUUCUCAACCCCGCGCCGUCGCUCCUCUCCAACAGGUCAGCGGCGAAGAUGUGUCCCAAAUGGAGCCCGGAGGAGAGAGCGACGGACCCAAAGGCCAACCAGGACGUUGAGGCCAGCGAGCAGCGCGACUACUACAACGUGGUCCCCAGGAAGACGCCGCCCGCUGGCGGGGGAGAGGAAAACGAACCGGAUCCUGACAUAUUUGGGGUUUGUUCCUUUGAGCCUCUUUCCCUGUAUGAGAACUGCUCCGUCACAGAAGAAACUCCAGCUCCACCUGCAGAGUCGGUGGCGUGUGAGGCCAUUGCUGAACCUUCUGAGACACUGACCCAGGACCUGAUCCAGGAGGAAGUUUGGUUCCACGGCAGAUUGGGAAGGGAUCUGGCGGAGUCACUCCUCACCCACCACGGGGAUUUCCUGGUCAGAGAGAGCAGCUCUGCGUCUGGUCAGUACGUUCUCAGCGGGAUGGAGGGAGCCACCGCGCGUCACCUGCUGCUGGUGGAUCCACUUGGGCAGGUGCGGACCCGUGAUCAGGUGUUUUUGAGUGUUGGUCACCUGGUGCGUUUCCACAUGGAGAACAAGAUGCCCAUCAUCUCUGGAAGCAUUGAGCUGUGUCUGAGACAGCCGAUCCUACAAAGACACUAACACACACACUCACGCACACACACACACACACACACACACACACACUCACAGCAUGCAUACGUUCUCAGCGGUUUUGGAGCUGAGGCACAAUGUGCGUUGACCACUGCUGGCCUGCAAAACAUCCCGUCACCCUCUCAGGCUGAAUUAAUCAAUCAACCAAUCAUCAAUUGGCUGUUUUUUUACUCAAAGAUCCAAGCUCAGUGACGGGGGGGCUGGGAGGAAAUAACCAGAAUGUUGGAAGACUUCCACAAUCAUUCUUUUUGACUUGCUGAAUUUGUCUUGUGUUUGUUUUUGUUGCUGCUAAUUUCUGUUCCCAUUUGCCCUGCUUGACCUUUGAAUCCCACUUGUUACAUUCUGUAAAAUACUUUUUAUUAACAGAGUCCACAGCAACAGAUAAAAUGGAAAAUAUGCAAAUAGUAAAUGUAAAUGUUUUUUUCCACUAAGGUAAUCAAAUGCAUCAGUUCUCAGUUUCCAAACACAGAAACACAACUUUAUUCAUUCUUACCCCUUUUAUAAGCUAAUUAUCAUCAAAUUGAGGAAAAACUCACAUCACACAUUUACUAACCACUUGUUACAAAAUCAUAAUAUACAACUAUACAUUGUUAACAGAGACUCACAUUUAACAAGGUAUACGUAUAUCAUCGAGGAAACACGUUGAAAUGUUUGAUUUUGUCCUUUUUCUCUUUCUCUGUAAACACUUGAAUGUUUCGUAUGUAGCUAUUUGAUAUCUAGAUUUAAUUUCUACCAAUGAAAUAAAAGCAAAAACGUU